UUGUGGAUUAUAAAUUUAUCAGUCCUGUCUCUUCUUCAGGAAUCUUUUUUUUCUCAGCUCUGUCUUGCAUAUUCUGCCUCUUGUUGACCUUCCUCUGGGAUAAAGUUUUGAAUCCAAACUCUCAAGCUAUAAUAAAUAAAUGAUUGCACCCUUGAGGUCACUGUUCUAGCCUAAUUUUGCAAUUUGCAGUAUACAAUUCACUCACCCUUGCUCUCUUUGAGAGAAGCAUUUUACCUGCUGGCAUUCAGCAGUCUUCCAGCUAGAUAUUGGAGCCAACUGGCAAUCCUCUGGUGGUUCUGGGAAUCAAAAGGAAUCUGUUUGGACAUCUGCUUUUGAAUCUGAGAUUUCACUGAUGGCGGUUUCUACUAAGGAGAUACAUAAUCCACCCAGAAUGGCACAUGCAAGCCAAAACUAAGGACAGAAAAAGGGAUGAACUUGUCAAAAGUGCUGGACUGAAAGUCCUGGAUCUGUUGAACUGUUAUAGCAUAAGUAAUAGUGUGCAGGGCUUCCCCUGCCACCUUUUUGGGGUCAGAAGACACCUGUGAGCCAGGCCAUCUGGUAAUGAUGGUUCUGGUGAUGACCAAGUUGUUCAGCAGAACCUGGACGGAGACCAUUAGCUCACUUCACAUAGACACACAGCAAUUUCCAGUCACUGUGAGCUUGAGGAGAAUUAGGCCAGUGCUCUUACCGCCCAUCACAUCCAAGGUAUAUUAUUCCUGUGGUGCAGAUUUGGAAUCCAUGGAAAGAGGUCUUAUUUUAUCACCAGGCUUUCCAAAUAACUACUAUGCAGGGACACAUUGUGUUUGGCAGUUUUUCAUUCCUGUUAGAACCCAUCUUAUCCUGGAAAUUCUUGACUUUGAUGUAUUUGAGAGCUCAAAUGAAACUCCAGACCCUUGGGAUGGCUUUUUUACUUCUUCUAAAAGAAAAAAUAAGGAGAUGUUUCCUACUGAAGAAAACUCUGACCUUCCCAUCACUUUUGCUACUACAAAAUCCUCUGAUCUGGCUGGGAUGUCAAAGGCGACCCAGAAACAUAGCAGCCCAGGAGCUCAGUCAAAGGGUCUUGCUGGCCACUACGAUGGAUUCCCAGUAACUACCUCCAAAAAAGAAGAAUACAAACAAACAUCUGAAGAAAAACAGUUCAGACAGAUGGAAGAACCCAAAGAAAUAGCUAAGGCUCAGCCAGACGAACUGCCAUUCACUGUGGCUGGCAAUACUGCUACGCAGCAGCAAAAUAUCAGUGGCCUAGAGAUGAACAGAGAUUUGAAAGGGAAAGUCCUGCUUGCUCACCUCACUGCUAGAAGGAGAGAUGAGGUCAUGGGAGAGAAUCAGACUCUCUCCACCACAGCCUUACCAAGAGGAAACUCCACCACCCAGCAGCCUUCAGCGGAUGUGUGUCCCCAUGAUGUCUUGUAUGUUUCUGACCUCAUCACAUUUUCCUCUCGCUUCUGUGGGACAAACUUGCCUUUAAACAAGACCAUGGUCUUCAGUUCAUCUCUGGAGAUGGUGGAGGUUAUUAUGGAGCUGAUCACGACCACGGAUCGUGGGAGGGGCUUUGCGAUGCUCUUUGAAUACAAGAACAUCACAGAACCUAAUGUCAUGGAUGUGGUGAGGCAGGAUGGAAAGGAAGACACAAUGAUGCUGGCAAUAAUAACUGGAAUUGUCCUCUUUGCACUUGUUCUUCUGUCUACCCUCUGCAUAACUUUCAGGCAGAAAACGUGCCCUAAAAGGAACCCUUCCAGUGCAAACAGUGACCAGGAGAAUGGGAUCCAGAACUCCGCCAUAGAUAUCAAUGAGCUCCAACUUGUGGUGCCAACUCGAGAGAAUGAAAACAACAAUCACACUGUCAGCCGGGACCAAGCUGUCACUUCCUCUGGAGGCUGCACAGAACACUCUUCUUGGCAUACUGACCCAGAUAUGCCCUCUAUGUCUGCAGUGACCACUGAAACGGGGAGCGAAGAAGUAUUUAUUAUUUCAGCCGGCCCUGGUGCCAGCGGGUUGAGUUUUACCACAUACAGAAUACAGGACAAAAACCUAAAGAGAAGUGUCACAAGUCCAGCUUCUGUGUCAGACUGGCUGACUUCUGAUCAUAUGGCUCCAGGAGCAGGUACUGUGGAUAAAGGGAAUACACAGGCAGAGAACCAUCAUCCAAGGCAACGGACAUGGAGUGCCCGCACAUUUCAUGACUUACUGACUCCGUUACCUCAGUUACAGAAAAAAUGGUAUAGCUGGACCACUAACAGCCCCUUCACUAAACUGGUAGACAGCAGUGGUCUUUCUACAUCCACAAGAAACCAGAGUGUAACAACCAGAAAAGUAAUUUCAGCCACUGAGAUAGAGGGAAUCUCAGAUAUUGUUUAUUCUGACUCGUCCACCUGCACCACAUCAUACCCACAAACCCAAUCUGCGCAAAGGCAAGGGAAACUGAGCUCCUCCAGCUUGAAGAAAUCCAGGUUUGGGAACCCUUACUUUGGGUUUUUAACCAGCUCCCCUGAUUGCAAAGAGGUGAGGCCCUUGGAUCCCUCGAGACACGUGGGGGUGACACCUCCACUUGGUAACAAAAGCCAUGGCCUCCCUGGCCUCAAAAGCAACUUAAUCAACUGUUCAAAAACCAAGGAGCUCUCAAUAGAAAUGGACAAAUCCAAACCAGCUUUUGUUAUUUCUGAGGAAGGGGAUGACCAGCAGCCUCUGGUCCUCGCAGAACAUUUUAGUCAGUGUAGAGAUACUCUGUCUGAGCAAAAUGUUGUAUAUGCUUCAGUGAAGGCUAUGCCUGAUAAGCCACCCAUGGUCUUGACUGUUCAGGGAGACAGCUCAGGCAGGCCUCCCAAUUUCACGUUGGAUCUCCCCAUUUGGGAAAAGUUUCCCAAUUUAUAUGGCAAUCACAUGACGACUGAUAGCUCUUCCAGGGGCCAGUGCAGCUUGCCUAGUGCAGAUACCAAUACAAUUGAGUCACCAUGGAAUUUUGAUUCCUUAACUGCUCAAACACUCUGUCAAACAUCGGUUCAAUGAGGCUUCCAGAGCGACUAAAGGAAUCUGUCUGUGAGAACAGAUGCAAUAAGGACCAUAGCUGUUCACUUUUCUGCUGGAGAAGAAGCUCCUGUGCCUAUGGAGGGUAGCAAGUGUGGACAGAGACAACUUUUUUUCCUUCCCAUCAGCAGAUUGGAGUUAUGGGAAAAGGUAACCUAGCAAAGCACAAAAUAAAGUCAUCUUUUCUCAUGAUCAGCUGGGCCUAAUAAUGUGCACGACAUGAUCUUGUU